AUGUCGUACUUCAAGCAACAAUCGUACGAAGGCCAACUUAGAAUACGGGCGGGAAUCGCACGCAGAAACGGCCAACUGUACAAUUUACAACUUGAAAAGGAACGUGAACCGGUAGAGAAGGAUGGGAGACAGAGCGUUGUAUGCGUUAGAGAGAGAGACGGAGAUAUUUUCAGGCUGAAGAAAGGGAAGAACGAAGUCAAACAGGCUUUAGUUCGAACGCGAAGCGUCUGUCUGUGGGAUUAA